AUACUUUCAUGUGCCGGUACUUCCGCGUCACAGGAAGUUUCUGUGUUUCGCCUUUCAAGGGGUGGCGUACGAGUAUGUGAGAAUGCCAUUUGGGUACUCCCUGGCACCUCGCACGUUUUCCAAAUGUGUGGAGGCGGCAUUGGAGCCAUUGCGCCGUCAGGGGAUAAGGCUAUUAGCCUACCUAGACGACCUACUGGUUUUGGCCCCGUCAGCAGAGCUGGCGAUCACACACACGACACAGACAGUGAUUCACCUCACGCGUCUGGGGUUCGCUGUGAAUUGGAAAAAGAGUGCGCCUUGGCCCAGUCAGCAGAUUGUCUAUCUGGGAUUACAGAUAGACACUGUGAAUAUGAGGGCGCGAAUUUCGGAUCCUCGGCGCUCUGCCUUGUUGUUAGCCCUGAGAAGGUUUUAUCCGAAUCACAUGGUGACGGCGCAUUCCGUCAUGACACUUUUGGGUCUCAUGUCGUCUGCCCACUCCGUGGUUCCGCUGGGACUUUUGCACAUGCGCAAAACACAGCGAUGGUUUGCUCAACUACGACUGGACCCAGUGAGGCACCGUCGUCGGUUGUUGACAGUUCCCCUCUCGCUCAGAGCGGACCUGGACUAUUGGAGAGACCCGUGCGUAAUGGCACAAGGGGUCGCAAUAGGCAGGGUGUCAUCCUACAUUCCAGUGUACACAGACGCUUGUCUGACUGGAUGGGGAGGGACAUGUCAGGCUCGGGCAGUCGGAGGUGUGUGGUCCCAAUCGGGACGUCACAUCAACCUCCUGGAAUUGGAAACGGUUCUACUGGUUCUGACCCACUUCAUGUCCACCCUACGGGGACACGACGUGCUGGUUAGGUCAGACAACAGAACGACAGUAGCCUAUAUAAAUCGCCAAGGGGGAGUCAGGUCUCCUGCACUCCGCCGAUUGGCGGAGGAAUUGUGGCUGUGGGCUCACGAGCACCUUCGCUCGUUGACAGCAGCGCACAUUCCAGGCUGUCAGAAUAUCGGAGCAGACCUCAUGUCUCGAGGGGGUCCCCGAGACGACGAGUGGCGACUGCACCCCGAUGUUGUUCUCCAAAUAUGGGAACGGUUCGGGAGAGCCGAGGUGGACCUGUUCGCGUCACGUGUGAACGCGCAAUGUCCCCUAUGGUUUUCUCUACGAGCCCAGGACGAACCGCCACUAGGGAUAGACGCUUUUGCGCACCAGUGGCCGGAGGUUCUCCUGUACGCAUUUCCACCGCUGUCCUGCAUUCUCCCACUGCUAGCCCGUGUGAGAACAGGAGGGCUGUCAAUUAUAUUGAUAGUCCCCGACCGCCCAGGGGCUCCGUGGUACGCGGAGAUGAUUCAAAUGUUGAUUGCGCCAUCAUGGCCAAUUCCACAUCGACAGGACGCAAUGUCUCAGGCGGCAGGCAUAAUAGAGCAUUUGCCUCUAAAAUCGGCCAGCCACUGA